AUGGCCGGCAGGGCUGCCUUCUCGCACAGCUCGCCGAACCUGGGCCGCCAGCUUGAUGGUGCCAACAGCGGAGCACCCCAAGACGCGGCGGGCAUGCACCCACCACGCACGCAUUCCUACGGAGCCGUGGCUUCGCACUUCCUCGCCCAGCCGAAUGGUGCAUACGGUGGACAGACGUGGGUCGACUUUCUCCGCGACGCUGGAGCCGACCCAAGCGCCAGCGCUCAACAGCCACGCGCUCCCCCGCAGCCAAACCUCCAUGCGCCGCUGCCACCGCUGCCUGUCGAUUCGUUCCCACACCGUCCCUCGCCGCACUACUCGCUCCCUGCCCACCCUUCGGCGCACACAGAGGCGCGCCCCUCGCGCAGCUCGUCGGAGCGGAAGCGGAGGUUGACGACGGCAGACUCGCCGUUCCGGCGGCCGUCAAGUAUAAGGAUGCAUUCAGAGGACCAGCCGGGGUCUAGCCACAACCCAAUAGUGCUGGGCUCUUCGCCCGCAGCUGCGCCCGCACAACGCCCGUCUCUACAGUCGCACACAAGCACGGGCAGGAGGGACAGCGACUUUGCCUUGCCGCGGUGGCAGCCGGACUCGGAGGUGACGCACUGCUUCGUUUGCGGAAGCCAUUUUACCUUCUUCUACCGGAAGCACCAUUGCAGGAAAUGCGGCAGAGUCGUCUGCUCCGCGUGCUCCCCGCAUCGGAUUACAAUCCCCCGCCAGUACAUCGUUCACCCGCCCUACGAUAACCCCAAUAUCAUCGAUCCGACUAGCGAAGACGAUGACCACCCAAUGUCCCGCUUCGGCCCGUUCGGCAAUCCAGCGCUAGGUGGAGGCGAGGAGGUCCGCGUAUGCAAUCCCUGUGUACCUGAUCCGAACUACAGUCCGCCGCCGCAGCAUGGUCAGACUUCUCCAUUUCCUCCGUUCUCACCAACUGCACAUUCACCACACCUCGCACCUUCAAAUGCUCUCCCGCGUGGUCCCCGGCCUUCACAUAGAUCAACACAGAGUGUCAAUGACAGCGCGCGCACAGUCAGCCAUGGUCAAGCGCCGCGUUCGCGCGACCUCUUCACUGAUCGGAGGACAAGCUACCACGGCGCCUCCCGCGUAGCAGACCUGUGGCCGCCAACUCAAGCAAAUCCCCAUGAUUAUGCCCAACCGCCUGCAUACGAUCACCGGACCAGACCCCACUCACGCUCGGUGCUCUCCGCGAACCCUCAGCCCACUUCCAGCGACUUCGCGGGUCAGCAUAGCAUGCCCGGCUCACGGCGCAGUUUCUUCGCACACGGCCAUCCAGUCCCCGGUCCACCACCACAGCCCCAGCCCACUCCCCGCCGACAAAUAGCAGAAGAAGACGAGUGCCCUGUCUGCGGCAAUGAGCUGCCCGCAAAAGGCCCAGACGGUGACGAAACUGCACGCACCCAGCACGUUGAGGAGUGCAUAGCUCUUUACUCUGGAUCACCGCCGCCAGCACCGACAACGCCCGCAGACCUCUCCUCGAACAGUCUGCCCAGCCAGCGGACCCGCGGCAUGAGCAGUGCCGCGGGCAACGGCGAGGGCUCCAGCAACCGGAUGAGCAUGAUGGCGCGGGGCAUGGUGCCGUACGUGGCGACGGAGAAGGACUGCGUGGACGAGGAGGGCAACGAGGCUGAGUGCGUAAUUUGCUUUGAGGAGUUCGAGGCUGGCGAUAAGAUGGCGAGGCUGGUGUGUUGGUGCAAAUUCCAUGAGUCUUGCAUCAAGGAGUGGUGGGACAAGAAGGGCAGAGGCGCGUGCCCGACGCACCAGCUGCAGUACUAGGUGCCAGGCAGAGUUGCCCCUCGUCUAUUCUUUUUCAUCGGUAUCUACCUUGCCUUUUUCGAUGCGUCCGGCUCGGAGGCAUUCGCUUCUCACUCGUGGACUUUGCUCGCGCCCGGCGUUAU